AUGGAGCCGCUUCAGCCAGCAGCGCGCACUGCAGCCAACUGGGGGAACGCACACUUCCACGCAUCACACAUGGCUGCGGAUUUAUGGCGAAUAUUUUCCACCUUCGUCUGGAUAAUUGCACUGGUUUCGUGCUCGAGGACGAGGAUUUAUCCGCCGAACGAAGUGACCCUGCUGGAUACCAGGACAGUGCCAGGAGAGCUGAAAUGGGCAGCCAGUCCAUCAGAGGGAGGGUGGGAAGAAGUGAGCAUCAUGGACGAGAAGAACAUCCCCAUCAGAACGUACCAGGUGUGUAAUGUCCUGGAACCCAAUCAGAACAACUGGCUCAGGACAGACUGGAUCCCGAGGUCCGGUGCUCAGCGGGUCUAUGUCGAAGUCAAGUUCACACUGAGAGACUGUAACAGCCUGCCAGGCGUCACCGGCACCUGCAAGGAGACGUUCAAUCUGUACUACCAUGAGUCAAAUGAAGACAGGGAGAGCUACAUCAAAGAGAGCAGCUUCAUUAAGGUCGACACCGUGGCAGCAGACGAGAGCUUCACCCAGGUGGAUGUUGGAGACCGCAUCAUGAAGCUGAACACUGAGGUGCGGGACGUAAAGGUCACAACCAGGAAGGGCUUCUACUUGGCCUUUCAGGAUGUUGGUGCCUGCAUCGCUUUAGUGUCUGUCAGGGUUUUCUUCAAAACCUGCCCGCUCACCAUCCGUAACCUGGCAACUUUCCCAGACACUGUCACCGGAGCUGAUACAUCCUCCUUAGUGGAGGUCAGGGGGUCUUGUGUCAACCAAUCAGAUGAGAGAGAGGAGCCUAAAAUGUAUUGCGGUGCUGAUGGAGAGUGGCUCGUUCCUAUUGGUGGAUGUCUGUGCACCUCGGGAUAUGAGGAGAAGGGGGGAGCGUGUAAAGCCUGCUCUGCUGGGUUCUACAAGGCCAAGUCUUCUGAUGCGGGAUGCUCCAAGUGUCCCCCACAUAGCCACUCGCUCAGAGAAGGGGCAACUGUCUGUGACUGCCACUCCGGAUUCUUCCGUGCUGACAGUGAUCCUGCCUCGAUGGCUUGCACCCAGCCACCCUCAGCACCGCAGCAGCUCAUCUCAGUUGUGAACGAGACCUCGGUGGUCUUGGAGUGGGCACCCCCCCGUCGGCUGGGAGGACGAAGCGACACCAGCUAUAGCCUGGAGUGUCUCAUCUGUCAAACAGGGGGCCACAGUCGGACCGCCGGCAAAGCCCUGCCCAGGAAUCACAACAUCUCUCAGCUUGAGGUUCAGCACAGUGGCUUGGGGAUGCAGUCAGACCAGGGCAUUGUGGGAUCAGAAAUCCAGUCAGGGAGGGGCGUCUUCCAGGGCAGACCCGUAUCUGAAGAUUACCCAAGACUCGGCUCUGGCUCUAGCUCUCAGCUCUGCCUUCCCUGUGGCUCCGAUGUGCUCUUCUCUCCCGGCCAGACCCGCCUGAAGACCACCAGGGUGGUGGUGACCGAGCUGAGGGCCCACACACACUACACCUUCAUCGUCCAUGCACGCAACGGGGUCUCCCUGGCCAGCGGUGCAGGGUCAGCCCAGAGUGUUUCUGUCACCGUUACCACCAACCAAGCUGCUCCCUCUCCGGUGUCAUCCAUCCUCGCCACUGAUGUCACAAGGCACAGUUUGUCGUUGUCGUGGCAACAGCCAGAUCGACCUAACGGGGUCAUCCUGGAAUACGAGGUCAAGUUCUAUGAAAAGGACCAGAGAGAGAGGUCCUACCGCAUAAUUAGGACCUUCGCUCGCGCUGUGGACGUCACAGGUCUCAACCCCCUCACCGUGUACGUGUUUCAUGUACGUGCCCGCACAGCUGCCGGAUAUGGAGAGUUCAGCACUCCAUUUGAGUUCUCCACCAAUUCAGAUCCCUUCCCUCUGAUUGGAGAAGGAGUUAACUCAGCCUUCCUGCUGCUGUCUGUCAGCGGGGUUGGAAUUUUACUGCUGAUAUCUGCAGCUGUCUUCAUCAUUAGCCGCAGGAGGAGCAAGUACAGUAAAACAAGGCAGGACUCAGAGGAGGAGAAACAUCUUAACCCAGGGGUCAAAAUCUACGUGGAUCCCUUCACCUACGAGGACCCCGAUCAGGCCAUCCACGAGUUUGCCAAGGAGAUUGAUGUUAGCAGUAUUCACAUUGAGAGGGUUAUUGGCAUGGGUAAGCCUGGUGUUAUCGCUUGCAAACACUCAUACAAACCCACACACACAUGCCUACUUGGCACUGACGUUGCUGUUUGUUCUGUGUGUGUAGGAGAGUUUGGGGAGGUGUGCAGUGGUCGGCUGCGUGUGCAGGGAAAGAGGGAGAUCUACGUGGCCAUCAAGAGUCUGAAGGCGGGAUAUACUGACAAACAGAGGAGGGACUUCCUGUCCGAGGCCUCCAUCAUGGGACAGUUUGACCAUCCGAACAUCAUCAGGCUGGAGGGCGUCGUCACAAGAUGCAAACCAUUGAUGAUCAUCACAGAGUACAUGGAAAAUGGAUCCCUUGAUGCCUUUCUUCGAAAACAUGACGGCCAGUUCACGGUGAUCCAGCUGGUCGGCAUGCUGCGCGGUAUCGCCUCCGGUAUGAAGUACCUGUCAGACAUGAGCUACGUUCACAGAGACCUGGCAGCUCGGAACAUCCUGGUCAACAGCAACCUGGUGUGUAAGGUGUCGGACUUUGGCCUGAGUCGGGUUCUGGAGGACGACCCAGAGGCUGCCUACACUACAAGGGAGGCCACUGGGACUUACCUUUCCCCUGGAGGAAAGAUCCCCAUCAGGUGGACGGCCCCAGAGGCCAUAGCUUUCCGGAAGUUCACCACAGCCAGUGAUGUGUGGAGUUACGGUAUCGUCAUGUGGGAGGUGGUCUCAUAUGGAGAGAGACCUUACUGGGACAUGAACAACCAGGAUGUGAUUAAAGCGAUAGAGGAGGGCUACCGGCUGCCUGCUCCCAUGGACUGCCCCGUGGUGUUGCACCAGCUCAUGCUGGACUGUUGGGAGAGAGACCGAGCAGAGCGACCCACCUUCAGCCAGAUCCUCAACAUGCUGGAUAAACUCAUCCGUAACCCCGGGACUCUGCGUCGGACAGGAGGGGACAGACCUACACCCACCAUGCUGGAGUCAGGGAUGGGUUCAGAGGUGUGUGUGUCAAUGGUGCCAGAGGUGUGUGUGCCGGAGUGGUCGGUAUGUGAGUGGCUGCAGUCCGUCGGGUUGGAGAGGUACACAGACACACUGGCAGCAGCAGGAUACACCAGCCUUGACAGUCUUCUGGCUCUCACACACCAGGAGAUGGACAGACUGGGAAUAAUCACACCGUCACACCAGGACAGACUAAUUGCCAGUGUGCAACAAGAAAUGCUGUCUCAGAUGCAGCACAUGCAACACACAAUGGUUCCUGUCUGAACUGCAGAACUGACACAAACCUGUCUCCAGAAGAAUUUCAUUUACCUCAUUCAUGCACUUUAGAGGGACCUUUCACCAGAGGAAAUAUAAGGAGUGGAUUGAAGUGAAAAAAUACGAAGUAAGAAGAGGAGAACAAGAGGAGAAAAGCAGCACUUUUGUGAACUUCCAUCCUGUGGAGUUUUCUAAAAAAAAAAAAGAAAAACAUGGACGCGGCCACAGAUAAUAUUGAGCUACUGAGAGCUUAGACUGAAGCCUCAUCCUCUUAUUCAACUUUGUUUUUCUUUUAUUAUCUGUUUUGUGAAGGCUGAAAUGUGAUGGUGUGCAUAAGCAGAAUGGCUUCCAACUUUUUUAUUUCGCUGCUUUGGGCUUGACUUGAAUAAAAAUGUGUUUCGUGUUUGCUCGUAUGUCUGCGUGUGUGUGUGUGUGUGUGUGCGUGUGUGUGUGCGUGUGUGUGUGUGUGUGUGUGUGUGUGUGUGUGUGUGUGUGUGUGGCGUGAAAUCCACACAACAUGGAAACUCCCAUGUCAAGGCGCCAGCUAUCUUUGAAUAUUCUGAAUACGCAAAUUUACCAGAGAGAGGGAGGAGCCAGACAGAAUGUACCAUUACAAGCUCUUACUAGUUUCAUGCUGGAGGAUCAUACUAACAAACUAUGUGAUUUGCUUGUGUUUUUUUUUUAUUCAUUUUUUUUGUUUUACCUGUACGAAUUAUUAUUUCUGUUGAAUUAGACAUUUAGAUUAGUGUGUCGUCCAUAUGUGUCUAUGUUCGCGUCUCUUGUUUGAUGCUAAGAAUUAGCUACAUGAAGCAUUUUGUUUAUUUAUGGUAUUUUUUUAAUCUAGUUUGUACAUUGUAUAAUAGAUACACUGAGGAACUAUUGUAAUGAUCACCAUAUUGCAUCGCAAUAAA